AUGGACUUUGACUAUGAAAACAACCACUUUGCUAACGAGAUUGAACUAAAGGAUGCCAAAGAAGAAAGCCAUUCUAAUAAUAUGGAGCAUAUAAACCUUAGUGGUGAUGACACGCAUUGCUUCACAGUUGAACCACACGCAAAUAUCAACUUUAGUUCAGUUGAAUGGGAGUAUUUGCAAAUUGCUCAAGAAUCACUUCAACACCAUCACCAACACACAUCUCAUAGCAGUGGACUCGAAAUUUCACCGUCAGUAUCUAACCACACGUCACAACUGAUGGGGCCGACGUUUACGACUGAGUAUGAUACCGACAAUACCGAACUUCUUGGGAUGCUUGAAAGUCAAAAUCCAAGUAAUUUGUAUCUCUCAGCAAACCAACAGUGUGCCUCAAAUGACAGUUUAUUGCACCAUUCAGCAAAUACCAACAAAACUAACAACGAAUUCACUUUUGAAAACCAUUUGGAUUCAAGUUAUUGGGAGUAUUUGUUGGGAAAGGAAAGCAACAUGUUGGAAGAUAGCAAGGACUUGUUGGAUUCAAAUGUCAUUACUCGGCACCAUGUCGAAUGCAAUGAAGAAGAGAAAAUUGAUGAUCGCUUGAAGGACGGAACUAUGAACUCAGCAGUUUGUUCCACUUGUACCCUUGAAGAGGAUGAGUUGGCUGGCUAUUCAAUAUACCACAAUGAGGACGAUCAAAUCAUGCAGUACAACUCCAAUGAUGAAAUGGGAGAGAACAAUCUAGAGGAAAAGUGUGUGUGGGAUGAACGACUAACUUAUGAAAGAUACGAUCAAGCCGAGAACACUAAUUUUUUCAGCGAUCCCAUUGCCUUGCAACUUCUGGUUACACUGUCCUCGCCCCAACCACCGCCCCGACCAAGACCACGACAACGACAACGACAACGACCACAAUCGCUGGCACUGGCCCUGGCCCUGGCACUGGUAGAACCACUUGCAAGGGUAUUGCUGCCGAAGCGAAAAAAUGGAAGAUAUAUAACGGCACCAAUAUAUGAAUGGCCAGACGAUGAAACCACCGGAUCCUCAAAGUUUUAUAACAAAAUGAAGGUGCGAUUAUCGACCUUAGAGCCCAAAUGUGUUAGUGAGACGGUUUUAAAAACAAUACGGGAAGAAUUUGUGGUCCAGGAUUUAUUUUUAAGCGGUGAGUCUCCUCCAAGUCCGGAAGUUCCAGAACUGAUUAGAAAGAGGUCGGAUCGGGAUGUGGAGUGGACACCAUUAUCUGUUUACAAAGCGUACACAAAUAUAAAAUCGCCAACAAACGGUAGAGAAUCUUACAAUAGAUUGGUGCCAUAUUCGUCAUGCAUAGGUACAUUAAAUUAUAGGCCGAAGGACCAUGCUGCUUGGAAAAGAGCACCCAACAAGCGUCAAUAA